AUGUCGGACUAUCAGUUAUUUGGAGAUGUUAUGGCUUUUGAUUCAACGUAUCGGUUUAAUAAGUACAAGAAACCGCUUGUAGUAUUCUCCGGGUCAAAUCAUCACAAACAAACAACCAUUUUUUUAUUUGCGCUACUGGAGGAUGAGGAAGUUCAUACUUACCGGUGGCUGCUGUUAAAUCUUGUAGACCUAAUGGGAGAGAAGACGCUGUGCGUUGUUGUCACGGAUGGGGACAAAGCGAUGCGCGCAGCCAUCGCGGAGGUGUUCCCGGCAGCUAGGCACCGGCUGUGCGGGUGGCACUUAGAGAAAAACUGUGUUCAGAGGGUUAAGGAUACCGAAUUCCGGAAGGUCUUUAAGAAGGCUAUGUAUGCCAACUUCGAGGUGGAGGACUUCGAGGAAUAUUGGAAGAAGGCAGUGGAGUCACUUGGCCUUCAAAAUAAUAGUUGGGUUCAAAGCACAUACGAGCUCAAAGAAAGUUGGGCAACAGCAUAUCUCUGGGGCACGUUCUGUGCGGGAUACAGGACAACCUCCAGGUGUGAGGGAAUUAAUGCAUACAUAAAGGGGUUCCUGAAAUCCACUGAUAGCAUUUUGGAGCUGGUGCACAGCUUAGAUUGCGUUGUAAAGGAUUAUCAAAACAACGAAGUCACGGCGCAGUUCUAUUCUACGUAUUAUAGCCCCGUGUUAACAACCGGGCUUGACUCCAUUGAGCUUUUUGCAUCAAAACUGUACACGCGGGAAGUUUUUAGAGAGGUGAAGAAACAAAUCAAGGGUGUUGCGACCUUGUUGUUUCGUGGGAGAGAUAGCAUCAACACAACGGUUGUCUACAAGUUUUCAAGGAUGGGUGCCCCUGGUAGGAUUCACAAGGUUUUGUUCCACCCCGAUGACAAGAAAAUUCAGUGCGACUGUUCGAUGUGGAAUAGCGAGAGUAUUCCAUGUAGUCACAUUUUCUGCGUGAUGAAAUACGAGGGUUUGGAUCAAAUACCGGACAGUCUUAUAAUGAGAAGAUGGUGCAAGGAUGCAAAGGAUUCCAGCCGGACACCGGUGACUACGAGACCUGGACAUGAGGGUCGCAUGCUUAGGUAUGCCGCACUUUGUUUGGCCACAAGCUUGGUCGCAAGACUUGGUUCGGAGGAGGGCGAAGACUUUGAAUUCGCUAGGGAGAGCAUCGUGAGUGUAAUAGAAAAGCUACGUCACAAAAUUUAUGAGAGGGCAGGCAGUCAGCCACGUAUGUCGGCAUGGAGCCCGAUGAAGGACCCGGUGGUCUCAAGAACAAAAGGGGCCCCUAAGAGGACGAAGGAGUUCGACCCAAGCAGACAAACGGAUUUCCGAGGGAAGAGACAUUGUUACACCAAAUGUGGCAUUCCAAGGCAUACAAAGAGGACAUGCAGUGGGGACUGUGCACGAGGUGUGUCCGGGGUAGGUAACGGGGUCUCGUCAACGUUUGGCAAAGGUUCGCAUCACGGCCCUUUAGCAUCGCCAGCGUCGCUUCCGACAGAGCGCGGUUAUGCGUAUGAGGAUCAAACCUCGACUCAUGGCGAAGGUGGUCUCAAUAACGUGUCUAGCUCAGCGGUGAAUACAUCCUCCAUGGUGAAUCGGAGAGGUAGUCGAUCUUGGCAUCCUCCGUUCUGUGGCGGGGGAAGUGGGGGGACCUUCUUCCUUGGGGGCCAACACAUCCACCAAUUCUAUGCAUCCCAACCUUGCUCUGGACACCAAAGCGAACCGCCGCCGCACGAAGGCCACUGCAGUAUGGCGACUCCAACAAGGGCAACGAAUGAGGACUUUUUUGAAUGGUGGCUGCUCCAGAUUUCUCCACUGUACUAUGAGGAGUCGGAUCAUGAUAACUUAGUACCAAGCUCAUGGACAGGUGCAGGGCUAGUUGAAGUAAUUUGCUUCGUAGAUACAGAUUCUCAAGCUGAAGGACAGAUGCAGGACCACUUGAAGUUAUUUGCUUCCUUCAUAAAGAUGGAGAAUACGCAUUUUUAG